AGUAGGGAGUCGGCGUGCGGCCGCCGCACUUGCGCACGCACGUGACCGGAAGUCCUGAGCCCCCCCCCCCCCCCCCCGACGCGGACAAUGGCGGAGCUGGGAGAGGCGGACGAAGCCGAAUUGCAGCGCCUGGUGGCGGCCGAGCAGCAGAAGGCGCAGUUCACCGCGCAGGUGCACCACUUCAUGGAGCUGUGUUGGGAUAAAUGUGUGGAGAAGCCAGGGAAUCGCCUAGACUCUCGUACUGAAAAUUGUCUCUCUAGCUGUGUGGACCGCUUCAUUGACACUACUCUCGCCAUCACGAGCCGUUUUGCCCAGAUUGUACAGAAAGGAGGGCAGUAGAACGUUCCCUAGGAGAUGACAGAAGCAGCAAAGGACUUGUUAGUAAGCAGAUUGAAGGGACAAUGAGGGAAAGUUCUCAACCCACUGUCAGGUCAACUUCAGGCUACUACCCUGUUGGUGCUAAAAAGUGACAGAUUGAAAAUUCAAGUGAAAUUUAUUUAUUUAGAAUCAGAAACUCCACAUUGUAUCACAACAAUUAUUCAAUAAAUUUGAGUUCUCCGAUUCUAUUUUUAAAAUCCCAUUUUAGGAUUUAAUAAGAUCUCCGAUUGGCAGAAACACUAGGACUAAAUGUUUCAGGGCUAGUAGUGCAAAUGGUAUUUCAGGUGGCUGGAAGAAACAUCAGCCUUAGUCUUAGGCAUAGAAGAAAAUUUAGGGUUGAGAAAGGUGAAGAACAGAAAACAGCUUUAUUGCUUAUACAUGACCAAGAAAAGGUAAACAUGGCAAAAAAACAAAACAAGCAAGGUGUGUAUUCAUUGGGAAAGAGAGGUCUACUACUAUGGGAAAGGUCAAGACCCAAACAGAACCAACUUCCUGGAGAUGCCUUGUCCCACUCACCCAUUCUCCUGAGUCUGUGCUGAGACUCGGUACUUUUAUAACACAGAAACAAUGUUUAAA